CUUAUUUCCACGAAAAGAAAUAGUCAUUUAGAGUCGGUUAGACGAGAGUGUAUUGGGUGGGGAGAGACGCAGAUAGCGAGGGCGCCUGCGUCUCGCCCCCUCCUACUGUCUCUCACCCCUCUUACUUCGAGCGCUUGUAUCUCCGCCGGGAGAAGAGUUAUCAAAAAGUUUUCAAUUAACAAAAUAUAGGAAAUUUCAAGGGCUUUAAUUUGUUAGUUGACAAUGUUUUGAUAGCUCUCAUAGUUUUUGAGUUAAUGGCAAAAUAUACAUAUACAUAUACAUAUACAUAUACAUAUACAUAUACAUAUACAUAUACUAUUGAGGUCUUUGUGAGACGGAAUUCUUGUGUAGGCAGUCAUCAUUUGUUUUUUCCUGGUUUUUUUCGAUUUUUGAAGUGUUUGCCAAUAGGUUUAAAAUUUAGCUCAAUGUAAACGGAAGCUAAAACUAUAUAAAAACACAAGUAUCUUCCCACCUCAUUCUACAAUGCCGAACAGUUCUAUUCUUUUGAUUUUUCUCCUUACAAUAGUAAUAUUGAUAGCGCCGGAGGAAAAUCACAAAACUUAUUGCGAGGUCCUUACAAGCAACAACUCAAACUGCACGGCCUAUUGCAAGGAGAAGCCCGAAUGCAGUUGGGGACGGUGUGAAGGGUAUUUCAAGACAAAUUGUGUAUGUUAUAGUGAUAAAUAUCAGUUUUGUGAAUAAAUUUUUUGAUUUUU